CACCACUUUAGCUAAUGGGGCCUCCUGCUGCUGCCGCGCCGCCAGAGCAUGAUUUCUGUUCUCAUCCUGAAGCAAAGUUCUUAACCUGAAGCACUAUUUCUGGGUUAGUGGAGUCUGUAACUUGAAGGUACCACUGUAUAUCAGACUGCUUUGCUUAAAGAAAUCCGUGUGCGGGCAGAAUGAAGCAGCCGAGGCCUCGCAGCCUGCUCACUAGGACCUGGGCGAGUAACUGACGGAUCGAGCGUUGCUGGAGCAACCGCUGGCGCCCCGUCCUCGAAUCGCUGUGCAGGAAUCCUGUUGGGUCGGUUAGUGCGUGCUGAGCUGGUCAAGUCGGUAGCCCUCAUGACAGAGGGAGAGAAGGAUGUCUCCGAAAAGACGGAAGUCGUCGAUGCUCCGCCACGUGAGCGACUGGAUUUGCAGUUUGGGGCAGGCGGGCUUGCGUGUGUAAAGAUGUGGGGAAGGGGGCGACAGUCUGCUUUCUCUUCCGUGAAAAGCUCCUCUGCUUAGAAACCCAGGCAGGGCUAAACCUCCCGCUCUCCCUCAACGCACACCAAUAAAGCCUAGCGUGCCUCUGAGCCUUGCCGUGCUUCAUCGCGACCAAAAGGGGCCUCCCUGUUAAGGAGAAAGGAACUUUGUUGUGAAAGUGGGUUUCUCCUUGAGGUUUUCUGCCUUCCCCAAGCGAGAGGAACCCCCAUCCUCACUUGUUCUUCCUGUUCCUGUUACUUGCGGCGCCGCGUGUUAACUAUAAAACCAGGUUACCCUUUAAGCAUGCACAUAGUUUCCUGGUCUCAGGAGCACGUAAUCAUAUCCUGAAGGCAGCUCUGUCUUAUCCAGGGUGAAACAGAGGGAAGAAUAAGGGUUUCUGAAGAUGUGCAAAGUGUCCCCCUAAUCACUGAGCUACUACAGCCCUCAGGAAGGGAAUUUAUUUUGCUGUCCUCAGGGAAUGGCAGCAGCCUGAAGGAGAGACUAUGGAAGAAGUCUUUUCAGAAUAGUUUGAGACCGCUUACAGUGGUGUCCAAAUUUGAGAGAGCCAGAUUUGAUGAAGUGAAGGGCUGUGGGGGCCGACCGAAGGGCCAACCAAAGUUGUUGACCUUUUUUAAGGAUUGGAGUUGUUGAGCUUCUUUUAGGAUUGAAGUUGUUGAGGUUUUUUUUGGGGGGGGGGCUUUUACCUCACGAAAUAAACUGCCACAGGGGCUGGAUUAAACCCAUCAGCGGGACGGAUUAGGCCCCCGAAACGGACUUUGGAUGUGCCUGAACUUUAUUUGAAUGCUGUAAGGAAAGUGGAUCGCAGCCUCUUGGGAGCUGGCCACCCCUGGCAUAUAAGAGUGGAGGGCUAGGGCUAGGGUUAGCAGCUGCUUUGAGGAAGUGAAAUCCCACUCCACAGUGCUGGCAGAUACUGGAUUUCCUGGUAAUAUUUUGAGCAACUAGCUGACUGGAUGAAGGAUGGAUUGAUGGUGUGCUCUGAGUACAGCAAAAGUUCAGCGGCAAUAAAUUAAUUUGACUGGUAGAUUUGCUGGGUGUUGGUUUCACUAUACAGUGGUACCUCGGGUUACAUACGCUUCAGGUUACAGACUCCGCCAACCCAGAAAUAGUACCUGUGGUUAAGAACUUUGCUUCAGGAUGAGAACAGAAAUUGUGCUCUGGCGGUGCGGCGGCAGCGGGAGGCCCCAUUAGCUAAAGUGGUACCUCAGGUUAAGAACAGUUUCAGGUUAAGAACGGACCUCCGAAUCAAAUUAAGUACUUAACCCGAGGUACCACUGUACAUUUAAAACAGUACCGUACCACUUUAAACAGUGGGCCUCCUCCCCCAAAUCCUUGGAAGUGAAGUUUUUUUAGGGUGCUGAGACUUGUCAGGAGGACCCUUUCCCCCUUACACAGUGAAAUUGUCCAAGUGGCUUAGCCAUCAAUCUUUCCAGAGAACUUUUGAAAUCAGUACAGUUUUUUAAUCAAGGGUUAAAACCAGCGCGGCUUUGAAAGGCUCAGCCCGCCGUCUUGAUUCAAAGUGGCAUCCAAUGGUGUCCAAACAUAGACAAAAACCUGCUCCAUGAGCCAUCAUGCAGAAUUUGGUUGUGAUAGCACAAAUGCACAAUAAGCAGGCAGCCUCAUAAACAUAUAUUGCAUUAAGUAAAGGUAUAUAAAACACACAGGUGCAAUUAAUUUAUGGGGAUCACAGAAUUUCCCUCCCUGCCAGAUAUGGAAGAGAGAGGGAGAGAAUGAAAGAGAAAAAUAAUUGAAUUAUAUUUACUUCCAAAUGUACAUGUCCUUUUCAGCCCCUCCAGAGAAGCCUGACCAAGACCUCCAGCCAAUCGAGUGGCUCCUAGUUAUCCUUUCAUUCAUCUUCGCGCUCUUGACUUUUCCCUUAUCCAUCUGGCUGUGUAUAGAGGUAAGAAUGUUCCUGCUAAUAACAUUCCCCAAAAGGAGAAGAGAUGCAUUCCUUACUUAAAUUGAAUGCUCACAUACAGCUGAGCACUCGGAUUUUCUUCUUUUUUCUGAGCCCUCAGAUUGAAGCUCAUACAGUGAAAAUAUAUGUGCCCAUCUGGUGUUUUAUCAUAGUUGUAUUCUGCAACUUGUCCUUGACACAAGGGCUGCACAUCCCAUUUAACCCCAUUGUGUGCACUGCCUGCCGCCCCCUGUCUUGGCCAUCCACCUUAACUGACACUUUCGCUGCUCUGCCUCUGCUGCUGGUGGAGAUCUCUCAUGUGUCAUGAGUUAUUGCCAGAAAUUAGUGCUGAUUCUGGCGGCAGAGGUGGCAGGGCAGAGUGUUAGUGAUGGAUUUAUUCUUGGUUAUUUUAGUUAUCUGUUUUUAUCUAUAAGACACAUUGAGUCCCGUCAAGGAGAAGGAUGGGGUAAAAACAAAGUAAUAAAUGAAAAGUUGUUUGCGAUGCCUCCCCAGUGCAACUGCAUUAUUGUUGUCUUAAGGGGCUGUAGUUCAGCAAAAGUGGGGUUAUUUAUUUAUAUGUAUUUAUUGCACUGAUACCGCAUCUUUUCCCCCCUCCAAGGAGCUCAAGGUAGCAUACAUGGUUCUCCCAUCCUCAUUUAAUCCCCACCAGAACCCUGUGAGGUAGGUUAGGCUGAGAGGCAGUGACUGGUUUAGGAUCACCCACUGACCUUCAUGGUCAAAUUAGGAUUUGAACCCUAAUUUUCAGCAGGAAGUUAACAAAACAUGGUACUGAUUAGUACCAUGAAGUAGUGUCCCACCAGCCCACACAAAUAGUGUUUCCACAAUAUUAAAAGCAGGGUUGCAUCUAGCCACCCUGAGCAUCUCACAAUGAGCACAAAUCUUUAUUUAUUUAUUCAUGAAAUUUAUAUGUCACUCUUCCUUCCAGGGGAGCCAUGGGGGGGCAAACAAUAAGUGAUAAAACAAAGCAAAAAUCUUGAAAACUAAAGGCAAUUCUAAUGUAGUACAGAUGCAGACCAGGGACUUUGCUAUUACAGCUGCAAAGUUUUAAGUGUGUUGUAAAGUGCAUGAUACAAUUGUGAUACUAGAUGGCGAUGGUGUGCUAUGGCAAAUUCAAUAUAUUUUUCAAAACGUUUUUUAAAAAGUAUUUUCACAGCAUUUUUUAUAUGCGUCUAGAUGGAAAAUUAGGAAAGAUCUCAAAUUAAAAGGCUUUUUGAAAGAAGGACUUCUGUAGGUGCCAAAAAGACAGAGACAGCACCUGUCAAAUAUUCAAGGGGAGGGCAUUUCAAAUGGCAGGUGCCACAACACUAAAGGCCCAUUUCCAAUAUUGUGCAGGAUGGACCUUCUGAUGAUGUGGCAUCUCCAAGAGGCCCUCACCUGCAUAGCUCAGUCACCAACUGAAUAUAUAAGGAGUGGGGCAAUAUUUCAUGUAUCCUGGCCCCAAGCUUAUAUAGGGCUUUAUUUAUUUAUUUAUUUCAUUUAUAUACCGCCUUUAUCUUCCAAGGACCUCUACAUGGUGCACAUGGUUCUCCUCCUCCCCAUUUCGUAAAAGGUGCAAAAGCCCCACAAAAAUCGACUGAAAUGUAGAAGAUGGAAAUCAACCUGUGACUCCCCACCCCUUUCCUAUAACAGGUUGUCUAUGAAUACGAGCAAGCUAUCGUUGUAAGACUGGGGCGCAUACAAAAAGGAGGUGCAAAAGGGCCAGGUGAGGGUUUCAUAUUAUAGUUCCAACAUGUGACAGAACGUUAAUGCUGAUCAAUUUCAUGGGAAUGCCCUGAAGGCUAGUUGCAAUUAUUCAUUCUUCCCCCUGAUUGUGGUUAGGUCAUAUAUUCAAAUUGCUGCUUUAAGAAUCAUGGCUCCCUCCAGAGAAUCCUGGGAACUGUAGUAUGUUACAAAUCUCCUAGCAGCUUUCAGCAUCCUUAACAAACUACAGUUCCCAGGAUUAUUGGUGGGUGGGUGGAGCCAUGAUCCUUACAGCGGCAAGAGAGUGUCCCUAAGUGUAUGGUGUGGAUGUGACCAUGAAUCUGCCGAAGGAGCUUUGAGCUGGUACUUCUUGGACAAGAGUUACUCAUUUGGCCUCAAUCAACAGGGCUACCAACUCGAACCUGCACCCAGUGGUGAUUGGUGCCAUUGCCUUGGGAUGGAAGAUAGAGAGAUCAACAGUAGGUGGCACCAGAGCCAGGGAACUAAAGAGUCAAUGUUGUUUAGCCUCCUGGUGGAACAGUGCUCAAUAAACAAGUGACCUGGGAGUGUCCUAGUUUUUAAAUGAAAAUGAAAUGAAGGCAGUGGAGGCUGGUCUAUUUGAGCCAACUUCAGUUGGCCUGCCAUCUUGUUUAUAGCCUCUCCAGAGGGUGGCAGCCCCAACCUCCGCUGGCAUGCAGCCCCCUGAAAGUUGCCUACAAGGGAACAUGGCCCUCGGGCUGAAAAGGGUUUCCUUACUGCUGUGAUAUGACCUCUUGUGAGUUGAACGGUUGUCAUUUCUGUUCCUGCAGGCAUCCAUUUCCUUUUGCCUUGCACAGACACCCUUAUCAGAGUGGACAUGAGGACAAAGUCAUUUACUAUACCAUUCCAGGAAGUAAGUAGUCCGCUUCCCAGGCUUAUCUCCUUCUCCUGAUGGGAGCUGGAGUCCACAGUUUCCUCACCCCUGCUUUAACUGGGCCUUAACUGGACAAAAGUCCUAGAAGAAAUGGGAUACAUUGAACUAUUUGAUAGUGAGGGUUAAAGAGGCUCUUCAUGUGAACUAGUUCGAUCUGCUGGAUAUACCGUACUUUUCCAUGUAUAACACCCCCCCCCCAUGUAUAAGACGCCCCCUAUUUUGGGGGACUACAAAUGUGAGGAGAUUGUCCAGAGUUGUUGAACUUUUUUGUGGAGGAUUGCACAGAGUUGUUGAGAUUUUUAAAGGGGGGGAUUGCCAAAAAUAACUCACCCACCUGGCCGACACUAACACUCACGAGUGUCGCAACAGCCUCCUAAUGUCUGUCCCCCCACUGGCAGAAGCAGCCUAUUGCCCGCCCAAUUGCUGCAGCAACACCCAAUCAACACCACCCCUUGCCACAGAGACCACUAACACGCUGAAUACCAUCUCUGGCUCACGGCAUCAACCAGUCCAACGUCACCCUUAGUCACUAUCCAUGUAUAAGACGACCCCCUAUUUUAAACAUAAAUUUUCAGUAAAAAAACCAUAGUCUUAUACACAGAAAAGUACGGUACAACUCCCACUUGACAGCCCCAACCAAUGUUUUCUCCCUUUCUCAUGAUGCUAGAACUUGGGAACGUCCGGUGAGGUUGAAUGUUGAAAGAGUCAGGAUAGACUUCUUCACACAACACAUAGUGAGACUAUGGCAUUGACUCCCCCAAGAGGAAGUAACAGCCAUCAACUUGGAUGGCUUUAAAAGACAAUUAGACACAAUCAUGGGGGAUAAGGUUAUCAGAGGCAGUAUAUGUAUUUGCAUACCAGUUCCUGCGAAUCACAAGUGAAGAGAGCUGCUUUUGUGUUCAGGUCCUGCAACCUGGGCCCUGCAGUUGCCAUCUGAGGCCCUUCUUCAGGAGGUCUGGAACAUACCAUCAUUACGUAUUUUUAGGUGCUGGAGAAAAGCAUUUCUUUUCCACCAAGCCAUUGGCUUCUAAUUCUUUGUGGCCUCUUUGAGUGAGUGCGAUGUUUUAAUGCUGCCUUUAAAAAAUGUGGUUGUCUUUUAGAUUUUUCUUUGCUCUGUUUUAUGCUGGUCUUAGUGUAUAUGUUGCUGUGAGUUGCUUUGAGUUAAAGAUAAAGGUAAAGGUACCCCUGCCCGUACUUGCCAGACUCUAGGGUUGUGCGCUCAUCUCACUUAAGAGGCCGGGAGCUAGCGCUGUCCGGAGACACUUCCGGGUCACGUGGCCAGCGUGACAAGCUGCAUCUGGCGAGCCAGCGCAGCACACAGAACGCCAUUUACCUUCCCGCUGGUAAGCGGUCCCUAUUUAUCUACUUGCACCCGGAGGUGCUUUCGAACUGCUAGGUUGGCAGGUGCUGGGACCGAAUGACGGGAGCGCACCCCGCCGCGGGGAUUCAAACUGUCGACGAUGCAAUCGGCAAGUCCUAGGUGCUGAGGUUUUACCCACAGCGCCACCCGCGUCCCUACUGCUUUGAGUUACAUUUGUUUUAAAAAGUGACUAAUAAGUUUAAUUAAUAAUAAUUAUUGUUUUGGGGAGAGAGUACUAGAUUAUAUCAAUAUUACUUCUUAGAGGGGGAAGCUAGCAUUGUUAGAAUAGAAUAUUAUUUACUUCAUGGUAUUUUAUUAAUUGUAUCCAUGGAAUUUGACAAUUAGUGAUUGUAAAUGGAUUCUCUGUGCCCUCGCUGUGACUAAAAGACUGAUAUUGAUCCACUGGAAAGAUGAAUUUAUGGCUCCCUUUAAUCAAUAGAUACAAAACAUGGCAACUCUUGCAACAUGUGAAUGGAUGUAUGAAUAAAUAUAUUUGGAAAGCAUUUAUAAAAAAUAUAAUAGGUUAUAAAUAGAUCUAUAUGUAUUAGAAUAAUAAUGUCAUUUAUAUACCUUUGUAUUAGACAAGUAUAAUUGUAGUGGGGGAUUUUGUAGUUUUAAUGCAUUUUUAUUUCCUUUUUCACUAUAUCUUGCUUACCCAAAAUAUUUUCAAUUAAAAAAACCCAAAACACUUUACAUCUCUUUAUCAUUCUUAUAUGCUGGAGUUUUUCUAUUUUUCCUUACCGUACUGCUGCUUCUCCCUUAGAUUUUUACCAAAGAUCCAAUGACUGUGGAUGCGGAUGGUGUGAUUUAUUUCCGAGUGCAGAAUCCCAUCCUUGCUGUCACAAAUGCCACUGAAGCAGUCAUAGCCACUCAGCUCUUGGCUGAAACCACUUUCAAGAAUGUUUUGGGGACUAAGAACUUAUCUGAAAUCAUCUCCAACCGGGAACAAAUUGCACAUACUAUACAGGUAUGGCUAAGCUGCGGUUCCCAACCUGGUGCCCACCAAGGCCUUCAUUGGAGCACCCCACCCCCCGCAAGGCAGGUGCCUCAGACUCUGAGCUUUUCAUUUUUAAAAAGUCUCUAGCCUUCUAGAAAGAAAGUUAUGAAGCAAAAUGUGCAGGCCCCCUUCUAAGGAUUGCUGUGAACUGAACUAGCCUGGCUGCUCCUGCCUAUCAGUGUUUCUAGCCAGUAAUUGAAGUCAGAGCUCUGAUUGUUAAGUGAGUUGUGUGGACACCAGGCAACAGAAAUCCCUGAGGUCCUAAAGAGCUCCGGUUUUCCUCUCCCCUUUAGCGCACUUUUCCUACUUCUGACUUAUUUUUUAGAAGUCCUUGUAGUUUGCCCUUUGCUAGCAAGCAGGAUUCAUUUUUCUUGUAGUGCAUUCAUCUGCAAUCAGGUGUUUCCUAGAAGUUAUUUCCCACAAAUACUCCUACAAAAUAAGUGGAGGGGGAUGUUAAAGAUUCCCGUAAUCAAACAGCAAAUGCAAAAUCUGAAAACUUUGCAAAGAGACUUAAAGCAUGUUUCUGUCCAGGUACUUGUUAAGAACCCACUAUACAGUGUAAUAAGCUUACAGUGCAAUUGUAUACAUGUCUAUUCAGAAGUAAGUCUCUGUGUUUUAAAAUAAUAUUUUAUUUUAAAUGUUAUAUUAUUUUAUUAACAUGCAGGAAAACAAGAUACAUUUUAGUAUAAGCUACAUAGAAAGGAAAACAAAAUCUAGUUACAGCAAAUAAAUUUUGAAGUAAUGUUAACUUUCUGGACAGGCAUAUGAUAAAUACCUUCAUUAAGGGAUUUACUCAGGUAACUACAUCAAAUAAAUAUCUGAACAGAUUUCUAAAAUUUGCCCAUUUUUCCAUUUCAGGGUGUGGGGGUAACAGAAUUAAGAACUCUAUAAAGGAGGUAUGAACACAGAUAGAACUCAGAUCAUCCAAAUCCACUAAAACGGACCGUCCCUGUCCCUGCACAUUAAUAUACAUUACAAAAUCUUACCACACACACACACACACUCUUUGGCCUUUAAGAACUCUUGAUUUGAAUGUCAUUUUUUUUCAAGUAACACUUGAACAAAGCUUAUACCAUGGUUAGACUAUGUCUGAUCUUUACUGAGCAAUUUGCUCUAGGGCUUGUUUGUUUGUUUGUUUCAGCUGCGAGGUUAUACGACCAUGAGCUUUCAUCCUGAUUUACUUGCAUGGUGGUUACGUCUUCCCAUUAGUCAGUCAUUUAUCUCAUACAUUUUAGUGCAUUUAGACGCCACUUUCCUAACUGCAAUAUUACAGUUCUUAAAAUGGAUCUGUUGUGCCAGGGUGCCUUAAUCCACUUUAAUUGCAGAAAAACCAAAAUAUCUAGUGUGUGACUUAAGUCCUGUUCAUUUGUUCUGUUGAGUUUCAUGGCUCAUGUAAUUGCUAUACAGUAUGUAUAAUGGCUGAUGGCUGACUACUAUAUUUCCCUCACAUUUUUUUUAACAGACCACACUGAACAACACCACAGGUGACUGGGGCAUAAAGGUGGAGCGUGUGGAGAUCAAUGACGUGAAAGCAAAAGUAAAGGUAGGAGACUCUGUAUCUACUGUGUGUCACUUUGAAGCUGUUUUGUGGAAAGCAACAAAUAGAUGGAAUAAUAGCAUGUUAAUAAUAGCCUGUUAAGAUGGUGGGACUGUCACUUGGAAAGUGGUGCAGCCACAAAAGAAAACUAAGGCUGGGUACACACAACAUGGAGUACUUGCUUUUUUCCGCAUAGUCCACACACAUUUACUAGGGCCCAGUUUCCUUGAAAUGAAGGUUUAGAGGAGACUGUGGUAUCUUAAGGAUAUAUAGUUUUAUUUACACAUAUAUGCAACCUGAGCAUAGGAUGAAGGGGCUCACAGCAUUAAUACUGCAACAGAUCUUGGCACAGAACAAGAGAUGCUUAUGUGUCCUUCGCCUUCUAGCUCUCUCAUACUCCACCAACUGUGGCCUUUGUUCUUCUAACUACCAGCUAUGUGAGAGGAGGGUGUGGGAAAGGCCCACCUAUUUGUUCUAUAGCACAGAGCAACUUAUUUGGAUAUGCUAAAUUGUGGUACUUAACUAGCCAGCCAAAGCCAUUACCUGGUCAAAGGAACUGGCUUGGCAAGCUUCUUUGGCAAGCUCAACAACUUCUGCGUCCAGAUUUUCUCUUUUUGAAAUAUGGCAGCCCUCCCAUAGAAUCAAUCUAGGUUGAGAGCAGCAGCAUGUUGAGCAGGAAUGUUUCUGGAUUGAGAGAAACAACAUUUUUGUGGAGGAAAUGGCUUAGUUUGUAUACAGCCAAAGAUUCAAUGGCAUGGGGGCUGUUCAUCUGGGAACUGUAGCCUCUGUGCAGGCCACCCCCUGCUUUUGAGGAUCAAGUUUCUCUUAAAUACUUCCUUAGCUGUACCAAGUCAGGUACUUAAAUGGCUACUUGCCAGGACAGUUAUGUUCUACCUCCACUGUUGGAUGGCAAAGUGGAUUUAUUGCAUUACACAACAAUGCUUUCCAUGAAGCUCCUCACCAGAUAGGAACUUGAAUCCCAGCUUCAAAAUACUGACAGUGUGGAUCUCCCCACCCCCACCCAAUGUUGCAGCUCAAAAUAGUUUCCUGAUCAGCUCUUUAACUCUUGCUUUUAUUGGUCAAAACCAGAAAUGUUAUUGGGAAUCCCCUGGUCAACAGCUCAUCACUCAAUCUGCACUAUCUGGUGUUUUGCCAGUGUAAGGAUGACAGUGCUCAGUCUUUUCUUUUUCUUUCCUUAUUUCCUGCCACCAGUGUGUUUGUAAUCAACCCCCUUGGAAUCAUGUGUUGCUUGUUCUGGGGUGAAAAAAAUCCUGAGAAGGACCAGAAGAUAGUAGUAGUAGUAGUAGUAGUAGUAGUAGUAGAAGAAGAAGAAGAUCGUAGUAGUAGUAGUAGUAAUAAUAAUAAUAAUAAUAAUAGUUUAUACCCCACCCAUCUGGCUGGGUUUCCCAGCCACUCAUGUUCAUAUCAGUUUGCACUAAAAAAACAAAAACAAACCCUCAUGGAAAUUCAUCAGCUAUGGAGUGCAGGUUUAUUAUAUUCAUUUUUGUAAGUAAUUUUGCCUGACAAGCACAUUAUUUGAAAAACAGGACUUCCGGGGUGGCGCCUCCGGAAAAUGGCGGAAUUCCCUUCAAGUUGAAGGGAACCCGCUGCACGGAAGCUUGGGUCCUACCGCUACGGCGCAGCGGGGACCCUUAAAACCCACAGGCGGAUGAAGCCUGUGGACGUGGGACUCAGCGGGCACCGUGAGCGCUCUCUCCUUGUACAGGAGCCCGGCAACGGGCCCGGAGUGGGAGGUGCGUGGUGCUGUGAGCCGACUGCUUCUUUCGUGCAGCAAAGCCGCACUGCCGUUUCCGGAGAGCGCUGCCUUUUUCCUGGGACAAUUUGGCAUCUAAAACAUCUAUCCGUGAGUACCUGAUCUUGGAAGAGCUGAAUUACUUUUAAGACUGGUGAAUAAAUAAAUAAAUUGCACUUGAAAUUGAAUUUAAUUGGGACUUGGAAUGAGAAGGUCUAAGCAGGAAGUCAACCUUCCGUUCUUUUGUUACGUGAAGAAAGCAAAGACAAAAUAUACUAAAGCUUGAAAAUUAAAUUCUGAGAGAACUAGAAUUCAACACCUAAGAUUUCUGAACCCCCCCUUUGACUGCAGGAGAAGAAGGGGGUUGUUUUGGACUUUAUAACCCUGCGGAAGUGAGUUUAAAACAAAGUAAUUUUCCACCGCCCUGAACCAGGAGCGGGCUGUCAGAACUGACGUCUUGAAGCUUGUCCAGCUCGACAGAUAGUUAAAAGAAAGGUAACAUUGUGACUCUACUGUUGCCUCUUGAAUUUUGAAGGGGGAACUUUGGAUAAAGUGUAUCUGGAAAAGAAAGACUGUUGCUGAUGAUUUUCUCCGUUAUAAAAAAAAGGAAAAAAAAAGGUUUUCCUCUAGUGGGAUUUAGUGAAACUGCAACGCAGAGAGCUUAAAAGUGAAGGACUAUAAUCGUGGGAAAGAAUUUUCUUUGACCCUGAAGGACAAUGCUUGUACAAAGGCUUGAACAAAUGUUCCUGGAAGGUUUUUCAAAACUAAGUGCCCAGCUGGACCAGAUGCGUCAGGAGACGACCUUGAUGACGGAAGUUACCAGAGCACAGCAGCAAGUAAAUGGAACUCAGUUAAAAUAUCUACAAGUAUAUGAACCUGCUGUAGUGAUGGAGGCUUCAGAGAUGGAGGGACCUUUGGACCGGCAGGAUCAGCCUUUGAACUUGAUAAAUGAACUUGGGAUAAAUCAGAUUCGGAAAGAUGAAAUGUGGUUAGAUUUGGAAAUGGGGGAUGGAUUGACCCCCCUUUAUAUGGUUAUCUGGACUUUCCGAGUCUGGUGAUGGGCCAUCAGAGGAUUGGAGUAGUCGGAGCCUCCAAGUUUCAAGGAAACUUGAAGUGGUAUUAUCUGCUGUCUGGCUUGGACAAUGGGCAUGGGAUGGACUUGUUGCAAAGGGUCAAAAGUAUCUUUCUGCUGGAGUACCCACGACUGAAAGGGAAACAUCAAGAAGAGCUGCGAAAGGGGCAAGAAAGAGAUUUGAGGGCCUCGGACACGAGACAACCAGGUUAAGGAGCCGGACUAUUGAGGUUAAAAGGACUGACAAUCCCGGGUCCAGGGGAGGGGGCGCUGGAAGUUGACUGGAUUGUGUCUGACUUAUUAUCUUAUUUUAUUUUUCUAUUUUUCAAUAUUGGGAACGUUCAUAAAUGUUUGAAAGAUGUUGAAUGAAACUAUAUGGCUUAAGUAAGGAUUGGUAAAUGAUUUGCAAAAAGGUAAUGAUGUAAGAAUUUGGUAAAUACUGAAUAUAAGCUUUGAGUUUUAAAGUUUUUAUAUGACAAGAGGGAAAAUAGAAUAAGGAAAUGUAAUGAUAGAAUGUUAUGAAAAAACAGAAAGGAUUUGCUGUAAAAAUUAAAAAUUAAGAAACAAGAGAGGGGAGGAGGAGGAAGUCUAGAAAGGAAGUUAAUAGAGAUCGUAAAUGAUUUUAUACUUUUGUUUUUCUUUUUUCUUUUUUUCUUUAUGGUUGGUUUUUUUCUUUUUUAUUUCUUUAUCGUUUUUGCUUUUUGUAUUUUCAAUUUUUUUGGAAAUUUUUGUUGUUAUUCUUUGAAAACUUAAUAAAUAUUAAUUAAAAAAAAAAAUGAAAAACAGUUUCCCCUAAUAGAAUGCAAUUUUGUAUGUUGUCUUCACCAAAUGUAUGCAUUUUAGGCACACAACUUGGCUGGAUAACUGCAUUGCGAAAUUCAGAGAAAUGUGAAUGUCAAGAGAUGAGUGCCAUUUGAUACUUUUAUUGCUUUGGAAAGCGCAAAUUAAGUUGUUUCCUGAAUCGAAUUCCUCCCCUAUCCUAGUAGCAUAGGGCCUCAAAUGGCUUGUUGGCCUUGUGAUUUUAUCUCUUUCAGGUCACUGUGGGAGAGAGUGAAAGGACCAGCCCCAAGACUGUGAAGGAAUCAUCUGUUGUCAUGAUUGAAUCUCCCAAGUCUCUCAAGUUACACUGCUUGAAGACGGAGACCAGGACCUGUGAGGACGCCAGCGUUACCAAUCAACAGACUGUCAUCACUCAACAGACUGUCAUAUUCCACUAACAGUAGAUAAGCUGCAAGGCAUUGUGGGAAUGAAGUGCUAACUCAGGACACUGAUGCACAGGGAGAUGCUCUUUCACAGGAGGCUAGAUUCCUUUUAAGUGCAUGAAGUGAUUUUAUUUAUUUGCCUAUUUUUAAAGUUUUACAUUUUGUUGUUUCAUUGCCCCUCAUCCCAAAAUAUGAAUAAAAGUAGAAAUAUGAUGGACAGUAUAUUCUCAAUCUGCCAUCCUUACACCCUUUCUCUCAUCUCCAACAUAGCGAUACUUAGGAACAUAGGAAACAGCCUUAUGCUGAGUGAGACCAUCGAUCCAUGUAGCUCUGUACAGUCUGCACUGACUGGCAAAGACUCCCAAGGGUUUCAGAGAGGGCUUUCUCCUAGCCCUACUUGGGGAUGCUGUGAAUUGAAUCUGAGACCUUUAGCAUACAAAUCAUGUGCUCUGCCACCAAGUUAUGUCCUCCCCCUCAACAUAACGAUUCUGUGGUUCUGAAGAAUAGGAUGAAUUAAAUAGGAGCAAAGGAAUGAGGGAAGCUGCUUUUUACAGUAUCAGACCAUUUACUGCUGAACCCAGCACCUUCUGCA